UCGACUGGACAUGCUCACAGUUGAGCCCGAACAGGAGAGAUCAAGAUGAGACUGACGGUUGCAGCUAUUGCACUGUGCCUGGUCGCACUGGCCAGCGCAGCUUACGUUCCCGUGGAGAAAUCGGUAACAGGAUUCAAAUAUGCCGACAAAGAAUUUCUGGUGAAGCAGAAAUUCUUCUUCGAAGUGUUCCGCAAUAUCCAUCUGCCUCUCAUGUUCGAGGAGUACAUGCCAUACACCAAGACAUGGGUUUUCGAUGAAACUAAGUACACGAACUACAAGGAAGUUGUCGAGUUCUUCGACUACUACAAGCUUGGAUUCCUGCCGAAGGGUGAGAUGUUCACCAUCUACAACAAGGAGUACAUGAAGCAGACUUAUCUGUUGUUCAACUUUUUCUACAAUGCUGCUGACUGGGAAACUUUCUACAAGAACGUUAUUUGGGCUCGCGAGAACGUCAACGAGGGCAUGUUCAUCUAUGCAGUGACAAUGGCCACCUUCCACCGUCCAGACCUCAAGGGCAUCGUAUUGCCAGCCAUCUACGAAAUCUAUCCCUACUAUUUCUUCAACACCGACAUGAUCCAUAAGGCAAUGUACAAGACGAUGUAUGAGCCCAAAUUUGGAUUUGCUAGCAACGGUAAAUACAACGUAGUCUACUCCAACUUCACCGCUGUGUAUCCGAUGGACUAUUUCGGCGAAGAUAAGCUGAGCUACUUUACCGAAGACUUUGGUCUGAACGCUUACUACUACUACUUCAUGCUGGACUAUCCAUUCUUCGUGGGAGACAGCAAAUUCAACCUGUUCAAGGAUCGCCGUGGAGAGUUGUACUUGUACAUGUACCAGCAGCUCAUUGCCCGUUACUACUUGGAACGUCAAGCCAAUUUCAUGGGACCGAUCGAAGAGUUUAGCUGGGAUCAACCAAUCAAGACCGGAUAUACUCCAAAGAUCAGCUACUGGAAUGGAAUGCCUUUCUAUGGACGCAACGACUAUUACUCUCUCCCCAAGGAUCAAUACUACAAGAUUGACCUGCUCAAGGACUACGAAGCAAGAAUCAGACAAGUUAUCGACCAAGGAUACCUGUAUCUAGAUGAUGGAACCAAGAUUGACUUCCGCCAGCCCGAAUCUAUUGACUACCUUGGAAAUCUGAUUAACGCCAACCCAGACAGCUACGAUACGGAUUACUACAAGUACAUUGAAUUCUUCGCUCGUCUCAUGUACAGUGGCUCUGACUAUUUCUACAGCGGAUCGAAGGUCUGGCCAAGCGCUUUGAUGCACUUCGAGACAUCCAUGCGUGAUCCAUUCUUCUAUCAGCUGUACUACAGAAUUCUGAGCUACUACUGGCAGUUCAAGAGCUACUUGCCAUACUACACCUUCGAUCAACUUAACUUCAAGGGAUUCGAGAUCAAGAAUGUCGUUUUCGACAAACUGAUGACCUACUUCGAGUAUUUCGAUGCCGAUAUCAGCAACGCCAUUCCAUUUGGCUUCUCGUCGGACAAGUUCUUCGAUUUCUCUGUCUUCGCUCGCCAGAAACGCAUCAAUCACAAGCCAUUCACCUACACCAUGGAUGUCUUCUCUGAGUUCGCUGGCAAGGGUGUCGUUCGCAUGUAUAUGGGUCCUAAAUUCUACGACUUCAAGCAGCUGCAGUACCUGAAGAAAUACUUCGUCGAAGUUGAUCAGUACGUGUAUGACUUUGUCGUUGGCAAGAACACCGUCGUCCGUAACUCGCGUGAUUACUUCUGGAGCAUUCGCGAUCGCACCUCGUACAGUGAUCUGUACAAGAAGAUCAUGAUGGCGUACAAGGGAGAAGACAAGUUUGUCCUGGAUAUGUCGGAAGCUCACUGCGGAUUCCCCGAUCGUCUGCUGCUGCCGAAGGGUCUUCCGAGCGGUUUCGAAAUGACUUUCUACUUCAUCGUCACCCCGUACUACGCUCCCAAGGUCGAGCAGUUCUCCACCUAUGAAUACACCUACAGCUGCGGAGUCGGUUCGGGCUCGAAGUAUGUGGAUGACCUGCCGUUCGGAUUCCCCUUCGAUCGCGAGAUCAACUUCGCCUACUUCUUCACCAAGAACAUGUACUUCAAGGAUGUGCUGGUCUAUCACAUCGACGACAUGAAACUGAACCAAUCGUUCUGAAGUGCUGACAAAGGUGACAAAAGUGUGAUGCGAAUUAUGCUUACGAUGCUAUGUUGUGUGGACCAAAGAGAAUAAAAUAAUUGAUGCAAAUUUA